UUCUGCAUUCGACCGGAGUGUGGAGUUUUCGGCGGUCGCAUUCGCGAGCGAGGCUCACGGUAUUCGACAGUUACGACGCGGCCGUUCUGCGCAUAGCGAUAGGCGUGCGCGUUGCAAUAUGCGGAAGUGAGCAGACAUCGCCCGGAGCUAAUACUAGUGACAAGUGAUUCUCAGUGUACGCACUCUCAGUGAAACGAACUAUGCCAUUUGUGCACGGCUCGGCUGAGCAUUGAUGAUUUGAAUUCAAUUGGGACUGCAAAUUUGGAAUUUCAUGGUUUCGAGGGCAGAUAUUCGAGGAGGCCCGGGCAUGGACGCUCAGCAGCAAUACUGCUUGAAAUGGAACAGCUUCGGUUCGAACCUGGCCACCUCGUUCGCGAACCUAUGGAACUCCGAGAGCUUAGCCGACGUCACACUUUACUGCGAAGGUCGGCAGUUCAAAGCACACAAAGUGAUACUGGCGGCUUGUAGUAAACACUUUCAAGAGCUCUUCGAUUCCGCCCCUCCCAGCCAUGCAGGCGCCUGUUACGUCAUACUGGAAGCCACCUCGGCAGAUAACAUGCAGGCCCUCCUGGAGUUUAUGUACAAGGGCGAAGUGCAUGUCAGCCAGAAUGCUCUCUCCAGCUUCCUCAAAAGCGGGGCGAACUUACAGGUAAAAGGCUUGUCAAUGGAAAUGUCCCAAGACGCAUGGAUGAAGCAUCAAACCCAGCAGGUGUCUGGCGAUCGUGUCGAAACCCGUGUCAAGACCAGCCCAGUUUCCGGAUCCGGCAAUUGUGAGGUUCAGGAGUCGCCAGCAUCCCACUCUACUACUUUUGCCCCAAUAAUACCACCAUACGGCAUACCCAUACAUGGAAGUGGUGGUGGGAUGGGACGGUAUGCGCCCCAAGCUCACCUGCAUUCUUCGUCGCAUAGACGGCCUGCACCGCCUAAGCAAUCGCCUUCACAGAGCCCACUGACUAGGAAUUACAGACAAACCUCAUCAUCAUCACAUUGCGGCAGCGUAGCUGAUGAACCAGAUACGCGAUCAUCACCAGGGGCAAGCGUGAAGUACGAAGAGAAUCCAGAUUGCACGUCCAGCGUCGCUAACCCUAUAAAGAACAAUGGCUACGAACGGUUUUCAUCAGUUAAAGAAGAGAUAAUGGAGCGCUUACCAACGGAUCAGGGUGCUGAAGAUUUACGGAUAAAAAACGAGAACGAAUACCACGGCGGUGGGUACAACAACUCAUCUCCCCCAGCGCCAAUACCUACCACUAACUACCACGACCCGCAGACUUCGCCGCCCAAACCCAGCCCUGACCUCUGGCCGCCCAAGAUCAUCACCAGCAAGUCUGGUGGGAUCGCUACUGCUGACGGAAAGAAACUAAAAUGUCCAUACUGCGAACGGCUUUACGGCUACGAGACGAAUCUGCGCGCUCACAUCCGGCAGCGGCAUCAGGGCAUCCGGGUGCCAUGUCCGCACUGCUCGCGAACAUUCACGCGUAACAACACAGUGCGGCGACACAUUGCCCGCGAGCAUCGUCAUCAGGUCACGCCGCACCAAGGACCUUUGCCCAACCACACCCAGUAAAUCAAAAAAUCUACCUCUUCUCUUCUUUGUGACCCUGGUGUGACAGUGAAUUAAACUGGCAUUUUCUAAAUAUUAAAAACCUUUUUGAGAUUUUUUCUACAUCAGGCCUUUUAUAUGGCGUUUAGCAAAAAAUAAUAUUUUUUUUACAAAAUGUGGGUACUUUACUUUUUUCAUAAAUUCUAUUUUUAAAAGUUAUUCAAGGUUUAGUAUUGACGCAAUAGAUUAAUUAAUUGUAUUUAAAAAAACUUUUUACAAAAUGCGGGUACCUACAAUUUUUGAACAAUUUAUUAAAACCCAAUUUUUUAAUUAAAAAAUUGCAAUACUUUUUAAAGUUUCAAUAAAGUUUCAUUCACUGUCAACAGGUUCACGGAAUCCGGCCGGUUCGGAUUCCGCGCGAUUCCGAGCCGCGCCAUACAAUAUACCUCGUUUAUGCAUAUUUAUGUAACAGUCUACCUCAAAAUUUGAUCUUAGAUUUUUAAGAUUUGGAAUCGUUCUAAUUGUUACUUAAUUCAUGUCGCUGUAUCCUUCAGAGUUACCUUUAUUUUUACCUCAGUCGAGAUGGUCAAAGGCUUAGAAUGUAAAUAUUAGGAGAAAGUAUAUAGCCUGGCCCAUCGAGACAUUACAAUAGACUGCAAAUCCGGGUUAAUUUUUUAACGCAUCUGUGAUACAAUAGAACAGGCUUUUAUUUAGUAUUGUCUUUAAACUUUUACACAUUUAAAGAAAACAAUUUUUUACCGGAUUGAAGUUAUGUAUGUAUAAACUUAUAAUUAUUUUACAUAAUUA